AUUUUGGCGACUUUGAGGCUGCUACUCAACAAGUCUUCAAGUCUAAUCCCCUUUCUCCUUUCACACACCUGAUCCAUGGCGGCCUCAAAGGAAGACCACCAAGAGCUUCAUGUGCUCAUGGUGGCUUUCUCAGCCCAGAGUCACAUCAACCCCUUACUCCGACUCGGCCAUAGCCUCCUUUCCAAAGGCCUCCACGUCACCCUCGCCACCACCGAAGUUGUCUACCACCCGUAUUUCGCUUCUUCCGCCGCAGUUCCCGACUCCAUAACCAUCAACGGAAUCCAAGUGCUAUUCUUCUCCGACGGGUUUAACCAAGAGGACCGCAAGAACACAAAUCUAGAUCAAUACAUGGAGAAGAUCCAAAUAGUUGGACCAACAAGUCUGUCCAACCUUAUCAAGAACCACUUCGUUGCUGGUCCUAAAAAGCUCGCGUGUGUUAUCAACAAUCCGUUUGUCCCGUGGGUUGCUGACGUGGCCGAGGAGGCUGGAAUCCCUUGUGCUUGCGUCUGGAUACAGCCUUGCGCCGUCUAUGUCAUUUACUAUCGUUUCUACAAUGAACUGAACCAGUUUCCGACGGCGACGGAGCCUGAGAAGGUGGUGGAGCUGCCGGGUUUUCCAUUGCUGCGGCAUCAGGACCUUCCGUCUUUUGUUCUUCCGACGAACCCUUUCGGAAGCAUGCCGAAGGUGCUAUCGGAGAUGUUUCGGAACGUGAAGAAGUUCAAAUGGGUCUUGGCAAAUUCGUUCUAUGAACUCGAGAAGGACGCCAAAGAUUCCAUGGCUGAUCUGUGUCCAAUUCUACCAGUGGGUCCACUUGUCCCUCCAUCAUUGCUCAGUGAAGAUGAACACGACCAAAAGCAAGACGUUGGUAUUGAGAUGUGGAAGCCGGAUGAUUCAUGCAUGAAGUGGCUAAACAAUAGAGCUCCAGGUUCAGUGAUAUACAUCUCAUUCGGGAGCAUCAUGGUGCCUUCUGCAAAACAAAUAGAGAGCAUAACAGUUGCUUUAAAGAGAACGAAACGUCAUUUUCUGUGGGUCAUGAAAACUUUAGAAAAAUCGAUAGUCGCAGACGGAGGAGGAGGGAUCCCUCUGGACUUUCUGGAAGAAACCAGAGAGCAAGGCCUCGUCGUGUCAUGGUGUCCUCAAACUAAGGUCCUGGUUCAUCCGGCCACGGCUUGCUUCUUGACUCACUGUGGAUGGAACUCUGUGUUGGAAGCCAUAACUGCAGGCACUCCCCUGAUCGCUUAUCCUCAGUGGUCGGACCAACCCACCAAUGCCAAGCUUAUUUCCGAUGUUUUCCGGACGGGAAUACGACUUGAACAGGACGGCGAUGGAUUUGUUGGGUCCCAGGAAGUGGAAAGAGCUAUUGAAGAGAUCGUUGGAGGGUCCAGAUCGGAGGAGAUUAGGAAGAAUGCGGAGAUGCUUAAGCUGGCCGCCAGGGAGGCGGUGGCGGAUGGUGGCUCGUCCGACCGGAAUAUCCAGUUAUUUGUGGAUCAACUUAUAGGCAAAAGAUGAUUUGGUGUAAAUUACAUUUUUUAUCUCCUAAUUAUCAUAUCAUCUAUCUCUAUCACACGCAACACAGGUAUGAUACAAAAAAAUUGGGUUCGUGCACUGUGACAUCUUGUUCACGAUAUAUGGUAUAAAGUUAUUUUUUCUUA